AUGGGAUUGGAAGCACCACCGAUACCAAAACAAGGGGUUGAAGACAGUGAAAUCUACAUAUGGGUUCAGGAAUUACUAAUUGAGGAAGGCACGCAAUGGAAUUCUCCAGUGGUGCAGUAUCUUUUCGACUCUGAAACUGCAGAUUUAAUACCGAACAUGCGUAUCUCUGCAGUUGCUGAGGAUAGGUUAAUAUGGUGCCUUACCAGAAAUGGUAAGUUUAGUAUGAAAUCAGCUUACAACAAGGUUUUUGAGCUAAGUUUAGGUGAUACAGAGAUCUCCCUAAAGAUUCCAAGCACUGACAUUACCCGGAAGGAGUUUUGGAAGAUUGAAACAUGGCCAAGAGUUCAACACUUCUGGUGGAAAUGCCUGGCAGAUAUUCUACCAACAAAUGUGCGCCUCUCUAUACAAUGUGGAUACAUAAAUCGCACAUGUCCAUUAUGCAUGCAACAUGAGGAAACCACGGUACAUGUUCUAUUCAUGUGUCCGUUUUCCAGGGCUGUUUGGAUGCUUAUCCCAGGAGGACCAAAUCUUAUUGCAGGGUCUUGUGAUAAUAUUACAGCCAUCUUCGAAAACUGGCUAAAUCUGGUGAAACAACAUAGUCUGCAAGAGAACUGUUUAACCACUGCAAUGAUAGUUGCAUGGUCGAUAUGGACUGUAAGAUGUGAAGUCCAAUUUGAGAAUAAAAAGGCUUCACCAUAUACGGUUGCAACGAAGGCUAUCAGUUUUGCAACCUAUAUAACAAAGCUAAAUGAGAAGAAGAAACAGAAGUCAGUGACUGAGCAAGAAAAUGGGUUAGCUGUGCUUCCUGUUGGCGCAAUGCGGAAGUGUGAUGGGAUUUAUGGAAAUGAUUUGAGAAAUGGGUAUAGGAAAAGAGGAAAUUCUGAGCAGGCAGAAUGUCUAGCUUUCCUGGAUGCUGUAAAGUGGUGUGCUGAGUUACAACGUACCCAUAUUGUUCUUGAAACAGAUCUUAAAGGGAUUGAAAGCUUCAUCAACGACUUACAACCAGUAAUAUCCUGGGAAAACGAAAACAUACUGCUAGAUGUUGUAGAUUGUCUUAGGAAAAUCCCACAUUGGGAAUGUUAUUUCGUUUCAAGAAAUUGUAAUAAACCUGCUGAUAGGCUAGCUAAAUACAGCAGGAGAAAUAGAGUUACCAGUGUUUGGUUUGAUAAACUCCCUAGCAUCAUUGAGAAUGCUUUGUUAGCUGACGAUACUCUUUCACCAGAUUAA